AUGCCGUUCUGGAAAAAAGAUCCUGUUAAAAAAGAAAUAUUUACCAAUGUCGCCGAAGGCCUACGACAAGUUUAUAAAACAAAAUUAUUACCACUUGAAGAAACCUAUAAAUUUCAUGAAUUUCAUUCACCACAACUUGAUGAUUGUGAUUUUUCAGCUAAACCUAUGGUACUUCUUGUUGGACAGUAUUCAGUUGGAAAAACAACAUUUAUUCGUUAUUUACUAAAUGAAGAUUUUCCGGGUAUUCGUAUUGGACCAGAACCAACAACUGAUUCAUUUAUUGCAAUAAUGCAUCAUGAUCAUCCGAGUACAGUACCAGGUAAUGCUUUAGUUGUUGAUCCAACAAAACCAUUUCGACCAUUAUCAAAAUUUGGCAAUGCAUUUUUAAAUCGUUUUGUUUGUUCACAAUUACGUAAUGAAGUUUUAGAAACAGUUACAUUUAUUGAUACACCUGGUAUAUUAUCUGGUGAAAAACAACGUGUUGAUCGUGGUUAUGAAUUUACACAAGUACUUGAAUGGUUUGCUGAUCGUUGUGAUCGUAUAUUAUUAUUAUUUGAUGUUUCAUCACUUGAUAUAUCUGAUGAAUUAAAACGUGCUAUUGAAGUUUUACGACGUAAUGAUGAUAAAAUACGUAUUGUACUUAAUAAAGCUGAUUCUGUUGAUCAUCAAGCAUUAAUGAGAGUUUAUGGUGCAUUAAUGUGGUCAUUAGGAAAAGUACUUGGAACACCAGAAGUUUGUCGAGUUUAUGUUGGAUCAUUUUGGUCAAAACCUUUACAUUUUGAUUCAAAUAGACGUUUAUUUGAAUUAGAAACAAAAGAUCUAUUUGAUGAUUUAGAAUCAUUACCAAAAACAGCAACACUUCGAAAAUUAAAUGAUCUGAUUAAACGUGCACGUUUAGCUAAAGUACAUGCAUUAAUUAUUAGUGAAUUAAAAGAAAGUAUGCCAAGUGUUUUUGGUAAAGAUUCUAAACGUAAAGAAUUAAUUAAUAAAUUACAUCUUGUCUAUGAAAAAAUUCAACGUGAUCAUAAUAUUCCAAUGGGUGAUUUUCCAAAAAUAGAUCGUAUGCAAGAAUUAUUAAAAAAUAUGGAUUUUACUAAAUUUAAACCAUUAGAUAAAAAAUUACUUGAUCGUGUUGAUAAAAUGCUUGCUGAAGAUGUACCAAAAUUAAUGAGUAUGAUACCACAAGAAGAACAUGCUUAUUUACAAUUAAAAACUGAAACAGGACGUACAACACCAUUACAAACAAAUACAAUAUUUACUGAUCAACAAGCAACACCAUUUGAAUUAGGUGGUGUUGAAGGUAUUAAUGAAGGUGUUGGUGAAACUGAAUGGAUUGUAACACGAUCAAGACAUGAAUAUGAUGAAAUAUUUAGUCAACUUUCACCACAAAAUGGUAAAAUUAGUGGUGCAACAGCUAAACAAGAAAUGAUUAAAUCAAAACUUCCAAAUAAUGUACUUGGUCGUAUAUGGAAAUUAAGUGAUAUUGAUAAAGAUGGUAUGCUUGAUAUUGAUGAAUGGGCUUUAUCUCAACAUCUUAUUAAAAUCAAAUUAGAUGGUCAUGAAUUACCAAAUACAUUGCCUGAACAUCUUGUACCUCCAAGUAAACGUCAUUUAAUUUCUAAUGGAAGUUCAACAAAUGGUAAUACUAGUAUUUAUCCAACAAUUAGCAGUGGUGGUGAACAAAAUACUAAUGCCGAUAGUUGA